AUGUCCACAUCUCGCCAGGUGCCCGAGAUUCCAAAAUAUGGCAUUCGCAACUCUCUCCUUGUCGCCCUCAUGCCCACUGCAUCGACUUCGCAGCUCGUCGGCGAGGAUGCUUCGAGCUGUAUCUCUCGCCGUGUCCUCACCGAAGAAUUCCAAGUUGUCAACCCCUCGCUGCUGGAGGAUCUCGUCGACUUGGGCCUGUGGUCCGAUAAUACGAAGAAUCGGAUCAUCACCGAAGGCGGCUCGAUCCAAACCAUCUCAACCAGCGGUGCUGGCAUUCCAAACACAAACAAACAGACCACCUGA